AUGGCUUCUUUCUCGAUAAAAGAUUUUGUUGGUGAUGGGGUUCUCAAGGAAUUGCUUCCAAAGCUUUUGGAAGAAGGUUGGGAUGACGUCCCAACUUUAAAGAUCAUGAAUUCAGAUGACAUGGAUGCGAUCAACAUGACACAGAAUCAAAAGGAUGCUCUGGAAAUCAGAACCUACCUUCAUGAUCGUGCUUUGAUGCAGUAUGGAGAUAAGCUAGAGGCUUCUAAGAAAUGCCUACCCGAGCUCCUUAACUUGCGCACAGAGGAGCUAUCUUCUCGAUUCAACAUGAAAAGGGGACAUAUUGCACGUUUCACAGAUAGAGGCAACGCAUGCACGGAUCCUCUACCGAAAUCUUACGGCCUCGCCGCGAGGCAGAACACGGCUAUACCGUCUAGAAAUAACACCAUUCUUAAGAUUCAAUCCAUAGCAAAGUCCUUUAGCAGGAGUAGCACAUACAAUAACAGGUCGCUGGAAGAAUCACUGGCCGACUUCAAGAUUAAAGAUGGAUACAUCUUUAAAGGGAUUGUUGCUGCCAGACCGGCCGAGGCUCGAGCCUGUGGUUGCGUACAACCUCCUCCGGUGGUUGACAGCGUGGCGCCUUAUGCUACUAUUGAAAACAUAUCGGUUCAGAGAUUAACUCCUGUGUAUAAGAUUGGGAUGGAGCCCUUGGUGAAAUCCAAGACUCCACCUAUGAAAGCUUCGGAACUGUGGCGGUAUAAGCCGACUGUUCUCCUAUGCAUUCGACGGCCAGGGUGCAUCAUGUGCAGAGCUGAAGCUCACCAGCUCUAUGCCAAAAAGCCAAUAUUUGAUGCAUUGGGAAUCCAAAUGCUUGCAGUUCUUCAUGAACAUAUAGAAUCAGAAGUGAGUUGUAUACUCUUUUUUCAAAAUAUUUCUCCAAUAAACUUCCUUUUUCCUCAGAUAUAUCAAGUUUUGAAGCAGGUAAAAGACUUCUGGCCACGCUAUUGGGGUGGAGUUGUGAUCUUGGAUCGUACAAUGGGAUUCUUCAAAGCUCUUGGAGGUGGGAAAUUACUUAAAGACAAGUUUCUAUCAGGAUUUUUAUUCAAUCCACGGGCUAUCGCAAACUAUAAACGUGCAAAAGCUAUGGGAAUAGACCAGAAUCUUAAAGGAGAAGGUGAAAUCAAGGGUGGCCUUUUUAUAGUUGGUCAAGGAGGAACUGGAAUAGCUUACCAGUUUAUAGAGAGGAAUUUUGGUGAUUGGGCUCCUGUAGUUGAAGUUGUAGAGAUAUGUGCUAGGUUACAGGUAAUGUUUUUUUAUCUCUGUAAUUCCAAAUUGAUUAUUAUCAUCCAAUUAUUGCAAACCAACCUUUUCUUCAACACGUUGCAGAAUCAACAGCAUGAUCAAGGAGAUUCUAGCAAAUCACCAGAAGAAUGA